AGCAUCUAUUCUAGAUCUAUAUGUAAAUGUAUAAUUGUAAAUAAUGUUAAAUCUCAGAAUCCAUACAUUUUGGAACAAAUCAUAUUCAUUCAAAUUUAAAUACAAAUAUAUAGAUUAAGAGUAAGAAUUAAAAGUGAUUUAAUAUAUAGGAGAAUAGAUUACUAAGUUGAAAAAAAAUAAUGUAUGAUUACAAAGAAAAUCUGUUAAAUAAUUGCAAGCUUCUAAAAAGAAAAAUAGAAAGAAGUAAGAAACCAAAGAAGAAAAAAUAUUGAUUAAUUAGAAAUAAGAAAUUUAUAAGAAAAUAAAUUCGAUGUUGAAAGUAUUGAAAAGUUUAGAAAUGUUCAAUUAUUGAGAUGA